AUGGCAAACACUAAAAUAAUCCAAAUCUGGUCCUGGUGGCUACUAGUACUUAUUCAAAGUAUUUAUUCAAGUUCAACACAAAUUCAAUUUAUGUCUUUCUGUAAUCAAACGAUGAAUAUGUCAUCUCCUAUAUCAAUCAUUUUCACACCAAAUUCGUUAUCUUCUUAUACAACAUGUUGUAAUAUCACAAUUGAUAAAUUAUAUUUAUCUAAUUCUUUAGAACAAUUUAUAAUUAAUAUAAAUGAUACAUUCGACUUAAAUCCAUCAGUUCAUGUAUUUAAUAAAAAUAUGCAACCUUUAGAAUUAGACAAUUAUCAAUUAUUAAAUCGAAAAUACCGUAAAACUUUGAUGAUUGAUUUACCUCUAACGUUUAGUUUAUGUAAAUUUAAUAUACAAGCAUUCGAAAUAUUAAUAUCAAACUUCACAAAAGGCCCGUGUACGGCAAAUCAAUAUCGUUGUUCAACGAGUAGUUCAGAUCAUUGGUGCAUAGAUGAAACAUUUCACUGUGAUGGUUAUCAUUCAUGUCCACAAGGCAAUGAUGAAUUCGAUUGUCCAAAAUCAGUGUCACGAUUAGCUAUAUCAAAAAUGAAACGAACUAUAAGCGGUGGUAUUGUAACAACAAUAAUUGUAUUAGGACUUCUAUUGAUUAUUGGUUCAGUCAGUAUAGCUGUUGCUUUUGUUUAUUUUCAACGGAAACGUCAAAGACGUAGACAAUUUACUUAUUCACUUGAAUCUACUAGUGAUGAUUGGGAACCAUCAGGUACUGGUUAUCAUUUAUUUGAUAAUUGGACAAAUAACCGGCGUAGUACAGGAAAUAAUACGAAUAAUAUUGCUAUUGAUUCGAAUGAACACAUGCCUAUAACAACAACUAUAACGAAUCGGUGA